AUGCGCGUACUUUCUGUGGUCAGCUUUUUGGUUGCGUUUCUAGUAUGCUAUGUCGUCUCGACUCCACUGAGGUUGUCUGAUCCCCCUCGGCGACCACUUGUCAUCUGGCACGGACUAGGCGAUUCCUACGCGUCGCCGGGCAUGCUUCAAUUCAUGUCGCUGAUCAAGGAGAUGCACCCUGGCAUUUUUAUUCACUCAGUCUAUCUGAACGAGAGCCUGAAGGAGGACGAGCGGGCGGGCUUCUUCGGCAACGUGAACGAGCAAAUCAGCACCGUUACAGAGCAGCUAGCCAAUGUCACUGAGCUUCAGGGUGGCUUUGACGCGAUUGGUUUCUCGCAAGGUGGCCAAUUCCUUCGCGCAUAUGUCGAGAGGUACAACACGCCUCCGAUUCACAACCUCAUCACUUUCGGCUCGCAACACAUGGGCGUGUCCGACCUGCCGCUGUGCCGUCCCUGGGAUGUGUUCUGCCAGCUCGCCCGGCGUGCCGCCCGCGGGGGCGUCUACACCGAGUGGGCCCAGGAAAACCUGGUGCAAGCGCAAUACUUCCGUGACCCAGAGCAGCUCGACUCGUACCUCGCACACAACACAUUCCUCGCGUCGAUCAACAACGAAGUACGAGAGGAGCACAACAAGACGUACGCCACGAACCUCGCGUCGCUGAACACGCUCGUGCUCGCGAUCUUCUCCCAGGACAAGACUGUCGUCCCGAAGGAGUCCGCGUGGUUCGGCUCGUACGAUGCCCCCAAGGACGCCAGCGCCGAGCUUGCGGAGGAGAAAACCAUCGUGCCGAUGCGUCUGCAGCCGCUGUACAAGAACGACUGGAUCGGGCUGCGGACGCUCGACGAGCGCGGGGGCGUCGUGCUGGAGACGUGCGAGGGCGAGCACAUGCACCUCUCGGACGAGUGCUGGCGGCCGCUCGUGCAGCGGUUCGUGGGGGCGGUUGUAGAUCGCGAGGAGACGUACCGUGGCGUAGCCGCACAGGACGUGCUUAGGGUGCAGUGA